AUGGUUCCCGCCACCUACUUUCUCCUCGUUUUUUUUCUUGCAUUGGUCACUUCUCAGGCCAUUGCUUCUGACCCUAGCCCGCUCCAGGACUUCUGUGUGGCCGACAUACACUCUCCAGUGAAGGUGGAUGGAUUUGUUUGCAAGGACCCCAUGGCCGUGAAUGCAGAUGACUUUUUCAAGGCAGCAAACCUUGACAAACCUAGGGACACCAUGAAAAGCAAGGUCGGAUCCAAUGUCACUUUGAUCAAUGUCAUGCAGUUGCCUGGACUCAACACCCUAGGCAUCUCAUUGGCUCGCAUUGACUAUGCACCAUUAGGUCAGAAUCCGCCACCCACCCACCCACGUGCCACAGAGAUUCUCACCGUACUCGAGGGUACACUCUAUGUUGGAUUUGUCACCUCCAACACAGACAACGGUAACAAGCUAUUCACCAAGGUUCUCAACAAGGGUGACGUGUUUGUGUUCCCCCAAGGGCUCACACACUUCCAAUUCAACCCAAUCCAUGACAAGCCGGAUGUAGCAAUCGCUGCACUAAGCAGCCAGAACCCUGGGGCUAUUACUAUUGCCAAUGCAGUCUUUGGAUCAAAACCACCGAUCUCAGAUGAUGUCUUGGCCAAGGCUUUCCAGGUGCAAAAGGAAAAAUUGAUUGGCUCCACGCACAAUUCUAGGAGAACAACCACUACUAAAUAA